GACUGAUGUUUUAUGGUCAACUAAACUGACUGAACGGCGACUGACGCGAUGGAUUUUCUGUCAGGUUAAUCUUUCUCUGACAACGACACAGUUCUGGUAAGUACUAACAGUAUACUAUGAAAUUAAAUAGUAUGUUACACGUAAACAAUUUUAAAAAAAACUUCAUUUAUUUGUGCAUUCAGGGCUGGAGACACCGAGGGCAAACUAACAGGAAUUCUAGCUUUGAACACGGAAGCCCCAGCAAGGGCAACUGUUUGGAGAAGCAAAUGUUGCCUAGGGUUUUCUAUGGCUUGAGGAGGGCUAAAAAUUUCCGAGUGACCUUUCCAUUCCUGUUAAAUUCCCUGCGAUUUUCUGAAGUUUAAGUUUUCACAUUUCACUCCCCAUGUUAGGCUAUUUUUAACGUUUUAUGAAAGUGAAUUUUUUUUAUUCCUCUCUCCAUCACAUUUUUGAAUCCCGGCAAAAAUUUUACUUUAAAAAAAAACAAGAAAUUCUGCGGCAAUUGCUUAGAGUUUCAACCUUCUUUUAUCGUAAAGCUUCUCUUUAUUACAGUUUUGCAAUCGAGUGGAGUGUGGUUUAGGGAACAAAGUAAAUUUUUCAAAUGUGGUAAUCUAUUCAUUAUCUAUCUUGACAAGUUGUCAAUUUACAAAUGAACCGAACCGUGAAAUAUCAAGGGGCGUUUUCCAGAAUCGUGGGGUUUCCGGACAAGCGUUUCCUCUUCUCCCCUCCCCCUCCCCCUUCCAUUUUUUUUGCUCCCGCUUCAACUUUCGCGCUAUAACUCGACUGGAAACGCUUGCUACGCAGGCUAUCGAUCACUUGAUACUCGCUCAUGAUGCAAGUAAUCUCCAUGUCUUUUUUUUUUUGAAUGAAUGAAUUUAUGAAUUUUGCAUUUCCUAGCUGGUAGAAUUGUUAGUAGACACCUUUCUGACUCGCUUUAUCAUUGGCUACUAUUGACAAGUUUUGAAAUUUUACUUGGUAAAACUGACAGGUUGAUUUACACUGUUCUCUGCAUAAAUUUAAGAAAGUAGUUGUUUCUCAUAUUUCAGAAUCAAAAUGCGAUUGACAAACGAGCGCUUGGCGAUGAACUAUGUUUAUGGUUUUAAUAAUGAAGGCGCAAGAUAUCCUACGUAAGAAAUUCCGAGCAAAAUUUUGAACACAGCUCGCAAUCAACGAUCUAUCAUGCUGAAUUAAGUAAAGCCGUUUCGUAUUUUGAGAACUUAGAUACCCAAACUUAUCAAAAAAUUUUAAGAAGCAAGUUUCCUAAAAAAAGAAGCAAGAUCGAGAUCCGUCUUGUCAUUUUCUUAACUCUGUUAUUACUUCCUUGUAUAACAGGUGACUGCUGCAAAGUUGGGGCCCUGAACAACUCCAACGCCGGGUUGACGGCAUUGGACUCUUCCAUUUAACUUGACGAACGUUCUCUAUAUAAUCAGGUGGUGUACUGUGGUUUUCUUGAUAUCUCUUAGUCCCUGCAAAAAUAUUCUGCUUGAGAUUUUUGGUUUUGAAACUUUCCUUUCUAUUCCAGAGAUCUGUGGAUUAAACGAUAAAAGGCGCAAACUUUGUUUUCUUUUAAAAGAGACGAUAAAACAUUACAUAUUAUGUUGAGAUGAUGAUGUGAGAUUCACCGAUCAGUUGGGGAGACAUACUUUCACGACAAACGUCAAUCUUAGGUUAAAGAUUUCUCAAAUUAGGAGAUUGGUGGACAAAAACUGUCCAAACAAUUCCUAUUUCGUAUAAGAGGCGUAAAAAAAGAAUUUUUGUUUGUCGUAGAUAUAAAAAACAGUUCACAGCGAGUUAAAGAAAAUCUUCAUUGGUCGCGGGACGAGCAUCGUAAAGGUGAUUCAGCGUUUUCACAUGACGUCACGGCGGCCAGUUUAGAACACUGGAACGGCGGCCAUGUUUGUGUUUCAAACCAAUACUGUGGGAGUUGAACUCUUUUCUUAUGUAAACGCUUUCUUUUGUUGCAAUUAAUUUGCAUAGCAGCUGGGCACGUGAGUGAAAACGCUCUAUUUACAACUGGUCUGCAAAAAUAUAAACUUCUUCACCGACUCUUACUGGGUCUUACUGAAAUCUUUAUGUUCUUUUCUUUUGGUCUUUUCCCAUGACCUUUACUAGGAUUUCAUGCAAUUUAAUUUUGAAACUGUAUUUGCAGCAGCCGCUAUUUCUAACCAUAGUUAAUUGAGUGGAAUGGUUACGAAACCCGUCAGACUCCUUUGUUAUAUGUUUUUGUGGACCUGAAAGUGCACAACGUUCAAAAGAAUUCCUAUCAUUUUGAUUGUAUUGACCAAUAAAAACGUUGCAUUAAUUUAUUCCGUAACAAUUUGUCAACAGAAAACAAAGGAUUGUGCACUUUCACGGUGCUUUGAACAUAAACUGCAGCACUGUUGUUUUUAUCAUUGAUGUUUGCCGCUUUUCAUAACCUAAUAACUAUGUUCUAACCAUAUCGAAGUAUAAUAUCUAGUUUGUAACACCAAAGUCUAAAAACAAAAAGCUGCAAGGAGACCCCGCAGACAAGGAAAAAUUAUCGCUGUAGUGGCUUCAUGAAAAACUCGGUUUUUACAAUAGUCAAUUUGAAUAGCUUUGGCUGACGAUCAACUAACUUUUUCCUUGCGUCACAGUAACGGUCGAAAGGCUGCACAUGACUUUUGCUGCGAUUUUCACAUUGACCGUCAUUGUGGGAUGGGUACACCGAAAUUAGUGCGCACCUAAACUGCAAUAAUAUGGCGUCACUUGUUGAAGCAAAAUACCACACUGUAGCAACCAUACAUGAACCCAUAAUCCGGAGCGAGCAAGUUCCUUGCGCUUGUGUCAUGGCGUUUUCACGGACCUGUUUAUUUUUAGAACGGUUUUGGCGCGAAUUUUGAAUAUCUGGUAAAUUCCACAAACCAGUCAGCAAAACCUACAGACCUAGAAAUGAUAUUUUUGCCUUUUAAUAACAUUUAGUUUUCCUUUUUGAUAUCCUAUACUUCGAAUACGCUCAUAGACAUGGUGGAGAUUUUAUUUUCGCAGGAAAAAGUGCCCUAAAAUGUAUCUAAAAAUAAAUUAAACAUGUCCCUAAAAACGCCGUGACAUAGUCCUAGCAUGUAAGCUCCGGUUUAUGGGCUCCUGCUUAUUAUAAAAAUCCUUUGCUUCUCACCUUAGAUCUGAGUCACAAUGCCCAAUAUACACUUGUUCGUCUCACUCUUGCUCGUGACAACUAUAUCUCAUGCUGGUAAGUCAUAUUUUGUCCACGGAAAUCGAUGGAACUCCAUGGAGGUAUUUCUUACUGUAUGUACCAAGUUAUGUCACGCUAUUUUCUACCUUUUUAAAAAGCUAAAGCGUGUUUUCGAAUCAAUUGAAUUCCAAGAAUAAGACUAUAUUUAGACAUUAAAACCGUUUCCUUCCGUCUGUUAAUAUGGAUGGCAAGGACGACUGAAACUUGAAAAAAUGGCCAGACUUUUCAAUGCAAAAAAUUACCAAAAAAUAAUUAUGGCUAGUGCUGUCUGAUAAAUUUUGUUUGGGACCUUCUCCAUAACUCUAAAGGAGCAUUUUGUAUAAGUGUACAGGCACUAAGUAAUGACUUCAGCACGUAAUAUUCCUAAAAACAGCAAUAUCCUCGAGACAAACCCCUUUUCACACCAAGAUAAAUUGACUACUAUAUAAUUAAAAGGCCCAAUCACUGUUGUGGAAAGUCAAAUCUCUUUCUUUUUUCCACGAGCUUGACGUGGCGAGUGUUUCACCUUUUCCAAAACGAAACGUGUUAUUAUUCUCUUGUCUUAAAGCGUCAGCGUGUCCAAAUAUGGCAAUCCUGACAGGGACUUCGGGCAUCAUCACAAGUCCUUCUUACCCGGGAAAUUAUGGUAAUAACCACAAUUGCAGCUGGAAAAUCAUGCCAAGUACAGGAAAUCGCGUCAAGUUGGUCAUUCAAGACAUGUACAUAGAAAGUGGGACUAACUGUCGCAACGACUAUAUACAAAUUCAAAAUGCUGUUAUACAUGGUAGUGGUGUGCUUCCUGGGCGUUUAUGUGGUUCACUCACCAGCAAUUCGACUUUUUCUUCUUACCACGAAACCUUGAUUGUACGUUUUGUAACUGAUGGUUCUGUAACAGCCCGUGGAUUUAAAGCAAGAUACACUGUUAUUCCUGGUAAGUAG